GUGUGUGCAAACGUGGAAGGGAUAACAUGGCUACCGCCUGACGUGACGUUUCGCUCGUCCGUCCGUCCGUCCGUCGCACGAUAUCAUCAGAUGCUCGGAAAAACAUCUGGCUACCGUUUUUCAGCGACGUGCUGCUGCCGAUAGUGUUCCGUCGUUCACACGAGGACUACCGCGUCGAAGAGAGAAAGGAAGAGAGAGAACCACUAUCCGUGGGGGGACAAGCACGAUGAUGAACAUGUGGAAAGUGCGGGAGCUGAUGGAUAAGGCGACCAAUGUGGUGAUGAACUAUACAGAAACAGAAGCCAAGGUUCGGGAAGCAACUAAUGAUGAUGCAUGGGGUCCUACAGGGGCAAUGAUGCAAGAAUUGGCUCAGGCCACAUUCACGUACGAGCAAUUUCCAGAGGUGAUGUCCAUGCUCUGGAAGAGGAUGUUGCAAGAGAACAAACGAAAUUGGCGACGAACAUACAAGUCAUUGCUCCUUCUUAAUUAUCUGGUGCGCAAUGGUUCGGAACGGGUGGUCACUUCGUCGCGCGAGCACAUUUACGAUCUAAGAUCCUUAGAGAAUUACACCUUCAUCGAUGAAUUCGGCAAGGACCAAGGUAUAAACAUCAGGCACAAAGUCAGAGAAUUGAUCGAUUUUAUUCAAGAUGAUGAUAAGCUACGGGAAGAGAGGAAGAAAGCUAAGAAAAAUAAAGACAAGUACGUCGGCUUGUCGAGCGAAGCAAUGGGAAUGAGAUUCGGAGGGGGCGACAGGUGGAUGGACAGUCCCAAGUGGAACAAGUCUAGCGUGGAAGCGUACAAUGACUGGGACAGAGACACUCGUGGGAAGGGAUUCGAGGACACGAACAACAGUGACGACGGCGAGAGGGAGGAUUCGGAUAACGACACUAGUCCGAAGAAAGGUGGAAGGGAAUAUAGAGACACGAUGGACAAUAUACAUCAAAUUGGUAAAUCCACUCAAAUAUCUAUACCUUCCGCGACUUCGUCCCCCGUCCGGACAUCGAGACCUAUUAAAAAGGUGGACCUCGGAGCGGCGGCCAAUUACGGAAAAGAGCAAUCCAAUAACGGCACAUCGACGCAACCAAGUAACAACCUGUCGUCGCCGAUAAGUCAGCAGAAGACCAAAAACGACAUACUGAACGAGAUUUUCGAGUCACAGAGCGACAACAGCGGCAGGUUGGACGACGACGAUUUCAACCCGAGGGCGAGCACCCAGUCCUACGUUCAGCCGCAGAACGCGAAUCUGGAGUUUGGGGACUUCACCAGCGCGUUCAACAACAGCCCAGCGAAUGCUAAGUCGAAGGAUGGCAAUAACGACGAAUUCGCGGACUUUACGUCCGCCUUCAACACUAUCACCAUAUCGAACCCUCCCAGUCAGCCGCAAUCGCAAAUCAGCUUGAUGGGCGUGACGAUACCGACGGGCGUGAACAGCCCGACGACGAAUAACGCGAAUGUCGCGAACACGAUCUACUCCAACACGCAAACGGCGUUCACCGGCAGUGGCACGACUCCGCAAAAUUCCAAAACGUCGAACGACCUGUUCGAUUCUCUGUCGCCGCAGACUCUCAAUAAUCAAACAACGAAUAAUAAUACAGUACCCUCAAAUACGGAUCUCUUGUCGGAUCUGGAUGGUUUGAAUACUCCAACCAUGAGGCUAACCGACGGACGAGUAAAUAGCCCUAACAAUUCCAACAUCUUCAUGGGAAUGAGUAACGCGCCUUCCAACACCGUUAAUUAUACAGCUGGUAAGGCCGAAGAGAACGCCGCGGCGGAUGAGUUUAAUGCCGGCUCAUUGUUGGAAGUAUUACGCGCCGUGCGCCGCAUUAAGAGCCGCGGCGACUUGGAGCGAAUACGAUCGGCCCUGUCGGAGUACGUGGCGCACUUGCCGGACACCGUUACUCGUGAGAGAUACAUGAGCGUCGAUGAGGGUGCGCGUGUGAACGUCGUGACGUACGGGAGAAUUUUAGAGGCAACGAUCGACAAGUUCGAUCGCGACUGGCCGUUACAGCAGGACGACGACUCGCUGGAUCCUUUGAUCAGUCAGUUAGCGGCCGUCGAGGGCGCCACGAUGCCGAUAUUGUCCGAGUCCCUGAGACUCUUGAGCGUCGCUCUGAGCGAAUCCGAGGACGGGAGGAAGACUCGUGCGAUUUCGGAGAUACUGCAGGCUCUGCUGAAGAGCGACGCGAUCUACUCGGCGAUCGUGGACACCUGUCGCGCUGGAGGUGCCCAGUCCCGCCCGCUGGAGGUGGAGCUGGACGCGGCCUGGCGGCGCGUUACGCAGAUCCUGAUGUCCUUGCCGAGUCGCGUGGCCAACAAGACGCAGCUCGACACGCCGAGGCUGUUCACGCCGCAGGUCUACGUCAGGGUACUCUGCUACCACGUGUGCCGCGCGAUGUACUUGGUCAACGAGGGCUGGCACAUCCAGCACGUCAAGCCGAAAACAGCGGUACUUUCGUCGCUGAUCAGCAGGAUCCUGAUCACCUCGAAGCCGAGCUACGACCUGACUUUGCUCGUCGACAUUUUCAAGACGUGGUGCCAGAGUCCGCACGCAGGGGCGCACCACCUGGUGCGCAGUGUGCUCCGCGAAUUGGACGCCACGGCUGUCGAGCACGCGGCCACGUUGUUCUUGAAACACUGCGAGUCCGGUGUGCUGCCUGUCUUCGGAGACGUGCUGACCGCGCCGCACUGGAAGUACGUGCUGACGUCCAAGAUCCCUUUCAUGCGCUACUAUACGGACGAGAAACUGCUCUUAAACUUGAUCUCCUAUCUCUCGUCUUUCGGAGAUACGGACAAGGAGGACGAGGACGUUUUGCCGGGAUUACUGCUGAAGCUUGUCGACGUCUGGGGUGAUAGCAGUAUCCUGAAUCACACGCCCGUGGAACAGCACGAGUACAUUUCACGGCUGAUCAUCCUAUCCAUGAGGUCGUGCGAGCAUCGUUUGAAGCAAGACGCGCGGCAGCAGUGCCGGAAGUCUCUGCUCGCCGGGGUGUCCGUGCAUCUGGAGUGCACAGACGUCUACGUGAGAGCUAUGGGCAUGAUCACCGCCGAGGUGUGCAUCAACUACCUGUCCGAACGCGAAGCGCCAAAAUUGGCGUUCGACUACGAGAACAUGCCCGAGCGAGUGCGACUGUUGAUCGAGUCGCUGAAACAUCUGCGUACGCAACCGAGCGGCGACACGACCGCGGUCGAAGUCAAGCUUUCGACCGUCGAAGAGAAGAUAAACGAAUUGGUCGUCGAUCUCCUGCCGAUUCUCCCGGUCAGCAGCAGGAAGAAAGAUAGCGUGAGUUUAACGGAGGACGAUCUCGCGAGGAAGGAGAAGCGGGACGCGACGUCGAGCACACGAGACGACGCGAAGAUGAGUUGCCGAGAGGACAAGAAUCUGGACAGCGACGACAACAGUCUGGACAGCGACGAUGACCUGAUGCCUUACGACAUGGACGAGGAGCGGGAUAAGCCGGUGAACAAAGCGCGGCCGAUGUACCUGCGCGAUCUGCGCGAUAACCUGACGGACGAGCGCACCGCCGCCGACCCCGAGGUCUUCUCCGAAUCUAUGUCGGUCUGCGAGAAGCUCAUACGGACGCAGCUGCCGUACGACGACGCGUCCUUCGCGCUCGAGCUGCUGGAGCUACUCCUCACACUCAGACAGCAGUCCUGCAUGGAGGACUUCGAGCUCGUGGUGUUCCGCUGUUGCGUGGAGAUCGCGAUCGUGCGGCCGAAGGAGUGCGCCGAGUUCCUGUGCGAACAAUUCUACGAGGAGCCCGGCAAGUACUCGUUGAGCCAGCGCUUGUUGUUCCUCGACGUGCUAGCCGAGUCCGCGAAACGCUUGUCGGACACCAGGCAGGACGAAGCGGCCGACACGGAGAACACCAAGCCGGUGAAGCGGAGGAGACCCGUUCCGUCGAGUCCUGUGUCGAUCUUCAUCGACACGACGAAGCCGCGCAGGACGCAGGAACUGUGCUACGACGAAGACCUGGAGAACCUGCGCGAGAUUACCGCGCCGGAGACUCGACUUGCCGACUGGCGGGAGGUCAUCGACAGCAGGAUCGAGUCGCGUACGAAGCGAUUCGCGCAUAAGGUCAAGGCGGUCAAGAAAAGCGCGAAUCGUUUCGCGAACGUCGUCCCGUCGUUCUUUUAUCCGCUUCUUUACGGCUUCGGCCGGCGACAGGAAUCCGGCCAGCUGCAGGGUUUGAGGAUCUACGCGGAUCAGGAGAACAUCCUGCUGCUGCGCUACCUGAAGACACUGGCCGUGAUCAUGCGCGCCGCCGAGAACUGCCCGUCGGCCUUGAAGAUGGGCAAGGAAGUCUUGGAGCUCACGUGGACGUUGAGGAACCACAACGAGGCGAACGCAAGGUUCGCCGUCGUCGAGUGUAUCGCGUCCGUCUUGGUGUCGUUGCCGAAGGACAGCAUCGUCGUCGAGCUGUUGGACAUGCUGUUGGAGAUCAGGGAGUGGCUGCUGCUGACACAGAACGUCAUCUACGGCGAGCAUGAUGCCAAGUGCAGAGAGCUGAAUGCCACGGUGAUGAACUACGUCGACGCGAUCAUCAGCUCCGCCCUCAACGGUUGAACUCGCGCGCAGAGAUUGCGAGAAUCCGCGUGGGAAACGGAAAGGACAGCAACGAGAAUUGAAUUGAAAACGAGAGAGAUCGUCGGUCGCGGAAUCCGAGCGGUCUGCUUUUUCCAGCGAACAAAAGGAAUCCUUCGAUGUGUUAAAUAGUUGUCUUUUAAGUUUUUUUUUUUUUUUUAUGUAGCCACAUAGAGAGACAUUGCCUGACGCAACGCGUACAUCCGUUCAUGUACAGGUGGAGCCUGAACUGUCAGGCGAUUUUGCCAGGUGGGAUUUCUGGAUGAUGAUUCACACACGUGAUUUCUAGAAAUGUGCCAAUCAAAACACGGUAUUUCUGGCAAUCCAGCACCAAAACAAACAUCGCAAGUUUUAUAUCCAUAUGACAUCGUGUGAACUUUUCACUACGUGAAUUAUGAUCCAGAAAUCCCACAAUUAGAGGUAUUAAUUAAUUAGAGAAAAAUUAAUGAACGAGUGCACACCAUGUGAUGGGACGAACUCUUUAGGCAAAGUCUCGUUCAGGAUGUCUGAAUCCGUCGACGAUUUCCUGGUAACGACAAGUCUUAUAAUUUGAAAACUCCCGGUCUUUCGGUGUAAUCUACUUGUUUGAUGACGUCUGAAGCGAAAAAACGUACGCCCAAAAUUCUUGCGAAAUACGUUGAAAUAAAUACGGAUAUAUCUGUAAAAUGAUACAUUUGCGAUCGAUUGAGAGAUACAUUUGUAAAAUAUUCCGGGAACUUUUCCUUUCUGCUCUAACAAUCGAUAAUUAACUGUAAAAUUAACGUGAUAUGCAACCUUUUGCUUAUUUUUCCUCGUGAUUUUGUCACGUUAACUUUACGGCUGUUCGUUGAUUGUUAAGAUAAAAGGAAAGUUUACAGAAUAUCUUACAAAUGUUCUCAAUCGAUCACAAGUAUCAUUUUGUGGACGUAUCUUUUUAUUUUAACGUACUCCGCAAGAAUUUUGGGCGCGCGUUUUCUCGCUUCUGGGGCGUCAUUAAACAAGAUAGUCAUGGCGAGGAAACAGGAGAGCCUCAAGCGUUUCCAGUUGUAUCUAUUUUUACUGUUCAGUUGUCUCCUCUUGGAUAAGAUAUUAUCUAAAAAACUCAUCCUGCUGCGGUAUUCGCGCCUUUAUUCGCUAGUUCUAGACUGGUUCUUUUUAAUUUAUCCUAAUUAUUUGCAAAAUGGUGAGUGACUAUUUUUCAGUUUGAUGAGUUCUGCCUGCAUAAGAGCGGAUCUGCACGUUGUGUCAGACACUCUGUAUAUCUAGUGUAGUGUAACAUAUAAUUGUAAUGUGUUCUAUAUUACAAAUAAUGUAUAAAGGUUGUUAUAUACGAAUAAAAUGAAUGUACUUGUGCAAUUUCUAUUAGGUUGAUUCAAAAGUCUUCUUCUAUAAACACUGAACAAAUGUUGGUGUGAACAAGGCGUUUUUCAGG